UUUGAGGAGUGAUUCACAGACGUUUCUUUGUUGUUCCGUCUGUAGAGCAGUCAUCGCUGUGGACUCUCCCACUCAAAAUACUUGCGGACAUUGCUUGACCGCUGGUGCGUAUGCAAAUGUCGGACAGUGACAGCUAGAAGAGACCACGCCUUGUCAGCAAACGACGGAACCUCAUAUUCAUAGCCUGCUGCAAUUUCUACCAAGCGUGCUCAAAAGAAAACUUUCCACAAAUUCCUGACCUACUUCGACACGGCUCGUCAAGACACUACCGAAGACAAGAUGGCGACGGUAAGCGAUGUAGAAUCUGGCAAAGGUGGGAUGCCUCUCUCCGAUCUUACAGCGGCGAGUUCAACCGACGUGCGGCCGAAAUUCGGCGGAGCUACCGAAUACCUGGACGACGCCCCUCCUUCGUAUGCCUCCAUUAUUGAACAGAUCAAGAAAGCCAGAGAAGAAUCUGAGGGAAAUGUGGAAUUCGGGAAGAAUGCGUCCACGGCGGUAGCAGGGAGUAAAGGCUGCACGUUUUGUACGGCUGUGUUGAUGGUUGUACCGGUGGCCAUGAUCGCUAUGGGAGCGCUAAGCGUGUAUCUACAAGACUGUCCCAUCCAGCGCAUGAUACCCAUCUACCUGCUCGUCUUCGGCUGUUUCUAUCUCCUGAAGAGUCUCAUCUCUCUGUUUGAGAGAUGCCGCAACCACUGGGACAACGAGAGCGAGAAGAACGCCAAGCCCAACCCAGUAGAAGGGCUCAUCACCUGCUUCCUCUUCGCUUGGUUCAUCGCCGGGAACUAUUGGAUCUACUCUGUGUACAACACCGUGAAUUCAACCGACCCUUUGGACCCGAACUACUGCCAGCCUAUCCUGUAUCAGUUCGCCUUCUGGGUGACCACGGCUAUGUAUAUGGUAGCCGGACUUUUCGUUCUAGUGACAGUCUGUUGUUGCUGUACAGUCUGUUGUAUGAUUUCUAAGGGUUCGACAAAAAAAGGUGCAAUGUCAUAAGUGUUCUUGAAAUCAUUUGAAAAAUAAUCUUUUACGGAAGUUCUAGAAUUCUUCGCUGGAAUUUAUUGAAGGGGUGGGGGGUGUGGGUGUUCCAUUAUACCGCUACCACGCCCUUCCCGUAUGCUACUUGGCAUAAUUUCUAAGCAGAUACGAGGAGAAAACGAUUUUGCAUGUCCACAUCUGCAGGGUUGGUAAACAAAGAAAAGUAACUGUUGUUUGCCUAUGUGUUAGAAAGAGAAAGCAAAGUAAAGACAAGAAAUUUAGACUAAAGUUCACAUGCCAUGCCGUACUGUUACAAAAGCGUACAUCGCAAACAUGGCUUGUCAACUUUGUUAUAUGCAACGUAAAUCUCAAAUGUUUUCCUAAAACUGUUCCGCUCUAGUUAGAGGGGUAAAGGGCUUCAGGGGUUAUUGGAAAGUAGUGCACGCUUUUAGACGGGGUGUGUUUGUUUUAGCCCUGAAGUGGAACACACCUAUGGCUAAUGAUGUCAAGUAUGCUAUCCACCUGCUUGUGUUGUUUUCGUAGAAGUGGGGAGGGG